CCGCCGAAAUUUUAAAACACCUCCCUAGCAUAGUGGCUGUUAGCUGACACUGGUAGGAGCUGAAGGGAAAAGAGUCGAUAGACAUUUAUAAAUACAAUGGAGAAUCUCGUGGAAGAGGAUGUCAAGUUUUAUAUCUUUGAGAACAGACUUAAAACCUUUGACGGAUGGCCGUUCGACAAAGACUGCGCGUGCACCCCCGAAAACAUGGCCAAAGCUGGCUUUGUCCACACCCCCACAGAGAACAGCCCAGACGUGGCCAUGUGUUUCCUCUGCCUGAAGGAGCUGGAAGGCUGGGAGCCCGAUGAUGACCCACAGCAGGAGCACAAAAUUCAUUCGCCAUCCUGCAACUUUAUCGCCCUGAAGAAAAAGGUGGAAGAGCUCACAGUGGAGGAAUUCUUCAAACUCCAGAGGGAGCGGCACAAGCGGAUCGUUAGCAAAAUGGCCAAUGAGGCCGUUGCCCGGUUUUCUGAAGCAGCCAAACAGAGACGAGUGGAGCUCCUCAAGAUCGACCUUCAGGAGGAGUGAAAUGACGACAGCUGUUAACUUUUGGUUUUAUUCGUGAAAGUUUUUACCUUGAAAUGUAAUUUGUGUUGUUCUGGAUUCCAGCAGGCUGUACAGCUAAUAGAUUAAACAGGAAUAUUCCCCCUCCGUUUUGCCACUUUACAACCACAGACUUUGAUGUAUGUUUGGGGAUUUCAUGCGAUACAGCAACACCAAGCAGCUCGUGAUCAAGUGGAAGGAAGAUGAUGCAUACUUUUCAAACUUCUUUGCAAAUAGGAAAAAGCCCAAAAAAUGUCUUCGUAUUCAGCCCACCUGAGUCAGUACCUCAUAGAACCACCUCUCUGCUGCAGUUCUUUUGAGGCAUGUCUCGGUGAUUUUUCCACCUUUGGGGUUCUUAAACUUUUCCCUGUCGAUGUUUGCAAAGUAGCUCAAGCUCGGUCAGACUGGACCGAGUUUGAACGUCAAAUAAAUCUUGCCACAGAUUGUGAA